AUGGAUCAAUUUGGCCAGUCCUUCGAUUUGAAUUGCGUAGCUUCAACUCGGAAUUUUGCUUUCUCGACACCUGAAAAGCCAUCAGGAAAGAAAGACGCCCUUCCAGGAGAAUACCUGGCCAUAUCUAAUUAUUUUAAAGAAGCUACUUGGACAGCAGAUGGGACUUGCGUAAUUACAAAUUCGGCGGACAACACUAUCAGAACAUUUGUGUUACCCACGGAUCUCCUCGAACAGAGAGACCAGCCUCAUGAACUAGAACCCUACCAUACAAUUCCAUCAACAGAACCAAGCUAUGCAAUGGCAAUUUACCCAUUCUACAGGUUACAGGACGCAUCUUCGACCCUGCUUCUCUCUUCUGUUAGAGACCACCCCAUUCGACUAACUUCUGCCUUAUAUCCCGGAUUCUCAGCUUCGUACAGCCUUGUCUCACCUACGACUGAGGCUUUCAUUACGCCACAUUCCAUCCUCUACCCACCCAGCCUUAGCGGGACGCAGUUUCUGACAGGUUCGGAUAGUUUGAUAUGUCUGUUUGACGUGUCCCGUCCUGGAAAAGACGGCCCCGUGUCCAGACUCCAAACCAUUCCAAGCAAACGGAAGAAAAUCGUUGGUGGCGGUGUUGGAAUGAAAGGAAUCGUUUCCACCAUGUCCAUCAGCCCAUCUGGAGACGGAGUUUUGGCAGCAGGUACUUCCACGAGGUACAUAGGCCUUUACGCAUCCAAUGGGUCCGGUGAUACAAUCGCCACAUUCAGUGUUGAAGGCACGGUAGCAGCUUCGCGCAUCGGUGGUAAGGGUAUUACACAGGUGCUUUGGAGCCCGUGUGGCCGAUAUUUGUUCGUCAUCGAGCGAAAAAGCAGUGGGAUUCUUGUGUACGAUAUUCGAGUCACCGGUCAACUGGUGGGUUGGCUGGAGGGGAGAGGCGGAAUGACCAACCAAAGACUCAAAGCAGAUAUUGUUCCUGGAGACGAACGUAACGCCACGGAAGUUUGGGCUGGUGGGACUGAUGGAAUGGUAAGAGUGUGGUCAGAUCCUUCACAUGUAACUGAAAAUGGGAGACAGCCGCAAUGGGAGAAGCGAGUUCAUGAUGACCCUGUAACCAGUGCUGUCUUCCACCCUAUGGGCGGUGUUUUAGCAACCUGUUCUGGUCAAAAAAAGUAUCCACCUGUCGAUGCAGAUGGGAUGAUGGAAGGCAACGCCAAUGACGGCAAUCAUAGCGAUGGAAAUAUGGCAAACAAUAUCGACAACUCCUUGAAAAUAUGGGCACUUUAAGAGUCUUGAAAGCAUAUGCGCUCUAAUCAUCUGUCGUGAACUUUCUUUAAGUCCCCAACUGGCAGUUGAGCUUCCACAAUCUAUGAUAUAUGAGAAG